GUGCACAGAGGGUGCAAUGGCUCACAGCCAGGUGAGCAAGAGAUCUCGGAGCAGGAGCCAGAGCGCCUCUCGGAGCAGGCAAGACGUGCAGGAGCAGGACAAGCAGCCAAAGCAGAGGCGGAAGAGCAGCAAGGGCUGCCGUGGCCGCAGGAGCCGCUCUCCUGCCAGCAAAAGGCCCCUCGAAUCCCACAGGCUCAGGAUGAGCUCAGCCUCGGCCAAAGAAGCGAAAAAGAAGAAAAAGGAGAAGAAGAGGAGAAAAGCCAGCAACACCUCCUCCUCCGAGACCACCUCCUCUUCUGGAUCCUCCUCCUCUUCUCCGGAAGAAUCCAGUGACGGCGAGCCCAAGCCCAAGCGGAGGAAGCAAAGCAAGAAGAAGCUGACCAAAGAGAAAGAUAAAAAGCGGAAGAGGAGGAGGAGGAAGAAGAAAGCCAAAAAGGAAGCAAAGAAGAAACUGAAGGAGAGGGAGAAAGGAGAGGGGAAGCCGAGGGGAGAGGAGCUGCCUGGCCCCUCCCUGGACCAGUGGCAGAAGGAGACGGGGGCAGACCCCGGGCCAGCCCUGACGGAUGAGCAGAAAUCCCGCAUCCAAGCCAUGAAGCCAAUGACGAAAGAGGAAUGGGACGCCCGGCAGAGUGUGGUCAGGAAAGUCAUUGACCCGGAAACAGGAAGGAUGAGACUUAUUAAGGGAGACGGCGAGAUCCUCGAGGAGAUUGUGACGAAGGAGAGGCACAAGGAAAUCAACAAGCAAGCCACCCGGGGAGACGGCCUUUCCUUCCAGAUGAGGACAGGGAUGCUGCAGUAACCAGCCGGCCUCCCGCCGGCGUGCCAAAGACGGGUUUCUGCCCACCUGCAAAGGCCUUGCUGGAAACAGGCUCAGGGCCCUUUUGUCCUUAAGACAUCAGCACUCCACGGACAAACAUGUGGGAGGAUGCCAGGAGAGAGGCCGGACCACCGGUGCCUGCCAUCACCUGAUGCACGUCUUGCUCUAGCCCCCCCUCCUCAGGGACCCCCCCCCCCCGAGGCUCUCUGGUCAUGUCUGGCAGCUCGCUUCCUCUUAGAGAAACCGGAACGGAGCUCUUCCAAAGUCGAGGGGAGUGGAUG